CUUUUUAAAGGAGCCCAAGCCCAUUGCACCGAAGAGCUUCUGUAUAUUAUUACAACACCGGCAAGAAACACAGACGAACAAGGCUGUAAAAGUGAUGGCUCAGUCUCAUUGCAUAAACCCUCCGAGGAAUCUCGCCGGAAAACCCUUCAUCCAUAUUACCAACUCUCCGUCAGUAUCCCCACGCUCGCAUAUAACUUUAUUGCCGAAUAAAAAUACUCGUAGGAAGUUCCAUUCAAUGAUAAUUUCUGCAUCAUCAACAGUCUCCGGCGAACCCCUGAAAGCACCACGCGCCGUGGAAAAAUUGGCGGACGGAGAGCGGAAGAAUGAAGUGAUGGAUGAUAUAAAAGGCUCUCUAUCCAACUGUCUUUCUGAGACCCAUCUCGAUUUAACUGUUCCCGGUCUCCAAUCCAAGACCAGAGGCAAGGUGAGAGAUAUUUAUGAUGGAGGAGACUAUCUUGUCCUGGUCACGACCGACAGGCAAAGUGCUUUCGACAGAGUUCUUGCUUCUAUUCCCUUCAAGGGUCAGGUACUCAAUGAGACAAGUUUGUGGUGGUUUGCUCAAACUCAGCACAUUGUUCCAAAUGCAGUUGUGUCCUCUCCAGAUAGGAAUGUAACUAUUGCAAAGAAAUGUUCCGUAUUUCCUGUUGAAUUUGUUGUUAGAGGUUAUGUGACUGGAAGUACCGAUACAUCAGUCUGGACUGUGUACCAGAAAGGCGUUCGGAACUAUUGUGGCAAUCCUCUUCCUGAUGGUAUGGUGAAAAACCAAAAGUUGCCAGCAAAUAUACUUACACCGACUACCAAAGCUGCAGACCAUGAUGUCCCAAUCACUCCAGAAGAGAUUGUUCAGCGCGGACUGAUGACUCAAGCUGAUUAUGAUGAAGCAAGUAGGGCAGCAUUAAGCCUGUUCGAGUAUGGGCAGCAAGUUGCACUGGAACAUGGCCUUAUAUUGGUGGAUACUAAAUAUGAAUUUGGAAAAGGAUCUGAUGGCACCGUACUUCUGAUAGACGAGGUUCAUACACCAGACUCUAGCAGGUAUUGGAUUGCCGAUUCUUACAAGGAACGCUUUGAAAAUGCUCUUGAACCUGAAAAUAUUGACAAGGAAUUUUUGAGAUUGUGGUUCAAAGAUCAUUGCAAUCCUUACAAAGAUGAGGUCUUGCCCGAAGCACCCGAAGAACUAGUUUCUGAAUUGGCUUGGCGAUAUAUACUAUUGUUUGAGACGAUAACAAAAUCAAAGUUUGAAAUGCCAUUGGCAAAGGAACCGAUACAUGACAGAAUAUCUUCAAAUGUAUUACGUGCACUUUCUUCUCUUUCGUGAACCAUCACAAAUUUGUCUGAUGUGUACUAGUUUUUAUGUAUUGUCCACUACAUUUGGAUUGUAAGUGAAUUUUAUUGCAGGUCUUUAUGUGUAACAUUUAUUAACAUCUUCUUCAGAGUGCAGUUAUAUUUGAUUAUUGCAUAUUUAUU